AUGCUCCCCUCCCACCGACGCGACCUUAGUCGCAACCGGGCGACACAUGAAAAGCCCACUCACACCGAGGAUUCCCUCUGGAAGCGGCUGUACUGGUUCGUGACCGACUGGCUCAGGAUCUCAUGGAGGGAUCUCCUCACCAUGGCCGUCCUGGGAGCUGCCGCCCUUGGCAUCUACCAAGCCCCGUACGCCGGCACGCGCAACUUCCCCAUCACCUUCACCGAGUCCGGCGACAUCGUCUACCCGGAGUUUGCCUACCCUAACCGGGGCUGGAUCAUCUCGCCGCAGCUGUCGGGCGUCAUCUCGGCCGUGAUCCCCAUCGCGGUGAUCCUGCUCGCCCAGCUGCGCAUCCGCUCCUUCUGGGACUGCAACAACGCCAUCCUGGGCCUGCUCUACUCGCUGAUCAUGGGCGCGCUGUUCCAGGCGAUCCUCAAGACGCUGAUCGGUGGCUUCCGGCCCAUCUUCCUCGACGUGUGCCAGCCCGACAUCUCGCUGGCGCGCACGCACAACGCCACGGGCCUCAACGGCGUCGGCUUCCGCCAGAUCAUGUACACCACUGAGGUGUGCACCAACCCGGACAAGCAGGCCAUUAAGACGGCCAUGACCAGCUUCCCCUCGGGCCACACGACGACGGCGUUUGCCGGCUACGUGUUCCUCUUCCUGUGGAUGAACGCCAAGCUCAAGGUGUGGGCGAACUUCCGCGCGAGCUUCUACUGGCUCGCCCUGCUGCUGGCGCCGCUGCUGGGCGCCACGCUGAUGGCCGCCUGUCUGACGGUCGACCAGGCGCACAACUGGUACGACAUCGUCGCGGGCGCUGUCAUCGGCACCGUCACCUCGUUCAUGGCCUACCGCGUCUGCUACGCGGCCGUGUGGGAUUGGCGGUAUAACCACAUCCCGCUCAGGAGGGACCGCGCCUUUGACUAUGUGGCAGCCGCGGCGCUGACACCCGAGGUGAUGGAACGCGCGUUGUGGGUGAGGAAGUUGGGCUGGGGCAGGAAGAGGCGGGUUGGUAGGCGGGCGGGUGUUGUGAGGGGCAAGGAGAGGGUCGGAAGCAAUGCGAGCACUGCGAGGGAUGUGAGGACCAGUGGGAGUACGGGUAUGGAGGUGCCGCAAGCUGCGGCAAGGUAUCAAGAGCCGAGACAUCCCGACUACGCUCAUCACUACGAUGGACGGGGUGGAUAUAUGGUUUGA